ACCAUAUAAUAAUUUUCAUGGACGUUUUUUUCAAGAUUUGGAUUUUCAAUACAGUUUUUCUGAGCAUGCUUCAAGAUACCCAGAACCAAAGUGUUCGGUUACGUCAAGCUCUAUUAGCAACUGGUAACUGGUUGAAUGAUGUAGAUGGUGACAAUAUUCCUGGACAAGCAGGACUCGAUUAUCCAGUUCACAGUUCUGUGCCUGAAGGAACUAGCUUCCGAUGCAAAGAUUAUGAUUAUGCCGGAUACUUUGCUGACGUUGAAGCUGAUUGUCAGGCUUACCAUGUCUGUUUUCCUGAUGGUCGUAACGCAAGUUUUCUGUGUGUAAAUGGUACGGUUUUUCAUCAAAGAUACUUCGUUUGUGACUGGUGGUUCCAUUUCAAUUGUUCACAUGCACCAAGUCUGUAUGAGCAAAAUUUGUUUAGAAAGAUUCCAUUACCUGUACUAGGUCCUGUAAGAAGGCUGCAGUUCUCAGGUCCCAUUCCCCAACCUAAAGUAGCAGUUCUACCCCCUGCUCCACAACAAAGGGGCCCAAAGAAAUUAAACUUGUAUGAAGAUGAUUUUAAGAAAGAUGAAAAAACAGGAAAAAAGGUAAAAGAUCAAGAAAAGCCACAGAAUUCCCUCUUGACGUCUCCAGUAGACCCAAAUAAAAGACAACGAAAUUUGGUUCCAGUUUCAGAAGUGAAAUACUCCGAUAAGCAAGAUAAAGAUAAAUGCGACUGCCAGUGCGGCAGUACUCCCUCUCUAAAGUAUAUUUCCUCAGUGUAGUAAGAAGCAUUAAAAAAGAUAAACGUUAUUUCUAUUUUUGAUUUGUACAUCCUUGACGUCCAUUAAAAAUGUUAUCCGAUUUGUUACAACAUAAAAUAAA